GUUACUGACGACCGCAAGCUCAUUGGUGAGAUCUCCCCUUCCACCCUCACCGGCUUCGACGAGUUCCCCCUCAUCGUUCUCUCCGCCGUCGAUUUCAUGGCCUACAUUGACUGGUGCACCUCACCACCUGACACCGCAGUUUGGGCCUUGAAAUCAUUAUUAAAGAAGAAGGGGAUGCAUGAGAUGGUUGAGCUAAUGGAUGUUGUUUCACGGCCGGUAUUUUCAUCCUCGACUUCGUCUUCUUUUGACGAGGAAGGGGAGAUAAGGAAGUGGUCGAGGCAAUUGAGGAGGUUAGGGAGCUAUUCUUCGAGGAUGGGUCGGAGGUUGGAGAAUGCCAUUGUUUGCCAUCCGGGAAGCUCGUUGGUGGCCUUCAUGGUGCAGGCUUUGGCGCACAUAGUAGGUUAUGUUUGGGUAAUUGAGGAGGACUAUGGCCUUGAAGGCAUUGUCGUGCUUCGUGACAUUCUCAAGGUUUUUAGAGACUACUGCUUGCGUCGUCUUCGAUUCCUUUUUCUAUUCGUUCAGCUUAAUCUCGUUAUUGCCGCCGCUCUUCAUGAUAGGAUCCAUCAGAUGGCUAGAGUCGGCGGUGGCGGCUUGGAGGAAUGUUUGGUCGUCCAUUGGGGAAUUUAG